AUGACUUAUGCCUGUUUGAAAGGAUAUUUCAUCAUUCUCAAACAAGCCACCAUGUAUUCAGAUAUGAACCAGAAAAGCUCUGGCUUUGAAAGGCUGUUGAAUACUUUUUGCCAGCACUUUAUGUAUGUCAACUUCAAGGUCCAAGGAUCAGUAGAUAUCACACAUCAGGUGAUCGGAUCUUUAAAUAAUCAAUACACAUUUUGUACAUUGUGCUGUAACAGGCCUGGGGUGAUUGUCAUCCCCAUGUUUUCAGUCACUGUUUCUGUAAUCAUACAAGUGAUUGUUUGUGUUACUGUGGGGUUCUGGGUCAAUGGCCAGGUCUGUGGAGACAAAGUUGAUAAAAUGGUUGGAAACAGCUCCAUCUCCUCUGCCAAAGGCACUUGUGGUGGUAAGCUUUGGGAAACUUCCUCCAAGCUUCCCAUGGGGGAUAAUGCCACCGUCACUGCCACAGAUGACUUUGCAAAGCCCAACGGAGAGACUAUCUGA